AUGGACAUCACCACUGACGAGGCGCAACCCUCUACCUCACAAGCGACAGACAUCGCCAAGAUAAAGACGCUCCUCAAAGCAAAAGACGAUACACAAAGAUUCGUGGGUCUUGCGCUCCUCAAAUCUGUUCUCGACGGCUCAGAAGAACUCCGACAAGAUGAAAAGACUGUCCACAGUCUCUGGUCUAGCCUCUCACCCAAGUUUCUAGACCGGUUGUUACGCACCGGGUCGAAGCCUUCCAACAAGAAUGCAAAGGAGAUGCUUGAUCUUGUUGUUUCUGUUUUGCACAUUUUUUCUAUAUUGCUUCCUGACCAGGCAAAAAGUGACCCAAGGUUCAUUGACAGAACUCCUUUGCUUGUCGCUGCUAUUCUCCACAGCACCGAGGAAACCACUGCUCUGGUCCUUCAACUUCUGCAUACUUUGGUCAGCUCACAAGCUGGAGCUCAAGCUUUUAUCAAGAUUGCCGACGUUAGCUCACUCACCGAGAUCGCUCCCACUCAUGCGGCAGUCCUGGACAUUCUGAGUUUUGCAUGGCUCAACUCCAUGACUGUGGUUGAAGAUACAAGCACGUUUUCUACGAAGAUUGAUACCACCAUUCAGAGCCUGGUCUCGUCGUUUACCGGAACUGAUGCCGUGACACUUCUUGAGUUUCUCGGCUACUUUCUACGAAACGCCAACCCUACCAUCCUGCCUCGCCAGCCCAAGUGGCUGAAGAGCGUUGUCAACUAUAUCCAAAACCUCGUCACCAGCCGACCAACCCCCGAGGCCCGCUCAGCCUAUACAAACGCUGCGGCGUCCAUACUCCAGACCUACCCCAUCCAAGGUCCAAAGAUCCUCUUCACAGACGCAAAGAAGGAUGACAAGGCCUUUUCAUACCUCCUCAUCAACCUCCUGCUCAUAGACAUUCGCUCUUCUGCCCCAACCCUCCUGGAGCAACUCAACACACCAGAGUAUCCGAAAGUGUCGAGAAGACUUACAUCUGCAUUCGAUGUCAUCUCCAUAUUUGUGGGAUACCUCGUGCAAUGCCUCGAGGACGACUCUUUGGAGACUUUCAUCAUGACUCCAGAAAACCUCCUCAAGCUCCGCAAGGGUAUCUCCGAGACCAUGUCCGUGACGGCCGAAUAUCUGCGUGAUCGAUGGGAUGCUUCUGUUGCUGGAGCCAUGGGCCUACACCCAGAUGCCCGUGCAGGCACAACGGAAACGGCAACGGGCACUCACCAUACCCUCGCCUGGGACUCUAUCAAGGACAACGCCGACGAGGAUAUGUUUAUCCUCUCUGCCGUUCGAGCGCUGGCGCUCUGGCUGCGGGAAGACGACAAUGACAGCCUGCGCAAGGAGACAACGGGUUUAAUGGACAUGUUCAUGGACCUAUACCAGUCCAGCUCCCAGGAGAAACUCGACUUUCGCUCCCCUAUUCUUGUCGCCCUCGAAGGCGUGACUACCAUGGUAAAGGGUCGAGACUCGCUGCUUGCUAAUGAUGGAUGGCGGAUACUCACCAUUGAUCUCAACUCGAUCCUUCAGCAUGGUUCACGCACUUGUACCGAUGAAGAUGCCUCCCGAGCCACUGAUAUCGUCCGCAUACUCUUGCCCAUUGCCGAGCAGGAGACGAGGGGUAUCCCUGAGGCGUGGAUGGACCUCAUCACCGCAGUGGCUGCGUGGGACGUGUCUGAUGCUGAGCAGCCACCUACACAUAUGGUGCAGGAAGCACAGGUUGCCGCCUUGCAACUUUGCUGUGCGGUUCUUGUGGCUGCAAACAGUGGUAUGAGGAAGAGAUAUCAGUAUUCUAUUGCUGCCAUCAACGGUAUUGCAGCUCAGCUUGGUGGUUAUGUUGGGCCGGAUAGUCCUGUGAGGGAGAUGCUUGACGAUGUUCUUGCUACACUAGGAGGAUUGGCUCACGAGGGAUGA